AUGUCAGCAACAGCGUCGCCAACCGCAGCCGCGGCCGCGAUGAACGCGGGAGAUGUUCCGCCAGGACUCAGAGACCCCGUAGAGACAUCUCAAAAGGCAAAAGGCGGUUCAAACUACAAGGGCUUCGUUGCAGGAGUCUUCUCGGGCAUUGCGAAGCUUUCUGUCGGACAUCCAUUCGAUACGAUAAAAGUACGAUUGCAAACGACCGAUCAUUCACAAUUUAAAGGCCCUCUCGACUGUUUAUUGCAGACCCUUCGAAACGAAGGCGUCAAAGGUGUAUAUAAGGGUGCCACGCCCCCACUUGUGGGUUGGAUGUUCAUGGACUCGAUAAUGCUAGGAUCUUUAAGUGUGUACCGCCGGGUGCUCAAUGAGAACCUUUUCAACCCGCGGAGGGAUAGUCUUGGACAACAAGCAAAGCUGCCUGUGGUCGGACAUGCCAUGGCGGGAGUGAUGGCAGGAUGGACGGUGUCAUUCAUUGCGGGGCCCGUGGAGCACAUCAAAGCACGGCUGCAGGUGCAAUAUGCAGCAGAGAAGUCUAAGAGGCUGUACAAAGGCCCUAUCGAUUGUCUCAAAAAAAUUUACGGCGCUCACGGCGUGCGCGGCAUCUACCACGGCCUAUCAGCGACACUCCUCUUCCGAACAUUUUUUUGCUUCUGGUGGGGAACGUACGAUCUAUUCACAACGGCUCUCAAGGAGAACACCAACCUCUCCGCGCCGGCUGUGAACUUCUGGGCAGGCGGCUUGUCUGCUCAGGUCUUCUGGAUUACAUCAUACCCUUCAGAUGUUGUGAAGCAGCGCGUGAUGACAGACCCUCUAGGGGCUGACCGACAAUUCCCAAGAUGGAGAGACGCAGCAAAGGCUGUGUGGAGAGAAAAAGGGUGGAGGGGCUACUGGAGAGGGUUUGUACCCUGUUUCCUGAGGGCGUUUCCUGCAAACGCGAUGGCGCUGGUAGCCUUCGAGGGUGUGAUGAGGUCGUUACCGGAAUGA